CUUUUGCAUUGGUGGGUGCAUCUCCAUUCCGUGAGUUGUAAAUAAUUACAGUUUCUUGUGUAUAUUGCGAUUGCAAGGGUUUUGAUAAUUCGUUUUUUUAUUGAUCACGAAUUUUCUGGGCGUAAAUAAAUUAGAAAGGCACCUUUUCGGUAUCCCAGUUUUGCCCAGUUUAUUUUUUUUUGGCGAAAAUGACGGAUUCGAAUCCGCCAUUUUCAGGUUCAGGCGCUGAACCUUUGAAAAAAUUUUGCAGUCCCUACUACAAAAAUAAAAUUUGUCCUAAAGGCCUUAACUGCGGUUAUCUUCACAAGCUGAGGAAUGAAGUCGAGUGUAAGGCCUGGACAGAUGAUGAAGAUUUUUUUUUGGGAUUGGUAAAUGUGCCUGAAAACACCAAAAAAAGGCCAUGUUACUUCCAUAAAUUUGGCAAAUGCGUAUACAUGAAUAAUUGCAAAUUUUCACAUGAUCUAGAAAACUUGGAGGAUAAACAACCUGAUGGCGCCAUUGACAAUAUACCAUCCACUUCUGGGCAACAUCAGCUUGUGAAUGGGGAAGUGAAAACCGAUGAGAGUGAAGAUACUGAAGGAGCCUGUGCGUCACCACCCUUAGUUAUGGUUAAUAAUCGCAAUUGGGCAGAUGCUCCUGAGUUUGUGCCUAAACAAAAAAGCUAUGCUGAAGUUUUAGGUCCAACCGAGGUUCCAACUGAAGAGAACCUUGGUUGCCUAUGUCCAUAUCUAUCGAAGGAUAAUAAUUGUGAUAUUCCAAACUGUGAAUGGAUUCACGGAGAUUGCUGUGAUAUGUGUGGAAGAUUUACUUUACACCCCUUCAGUGAAGAGUUGAGAAAGAAACAUCAGAAGGACUGUCUUAGACAGCAUGAAAAGAACAUGGAAUUGUCCUUUGCAAUUCAGAGGUCCAAAAGUAAAACCUGUGGUGUUUGUUUUGAAGUUAUUAUGGAAAAGUCACCUGGAGAACAACGUUUUGGAAUUCUACCAAAUUGCGGCCACUGUUUCUGUCUAACAUGCAUUAGAAAAUGGAGACAAGCACAUCAGUUUGAGAACAAUAUCAUCAGAGCGUGCCCAGAAUGCAGGGUAACUUCAGAUUUUGUCUGCCCAAGCAUGUAUUGGUGUGACACAAAAGAAGAAAAAAGCAGGCUCAUUGAAAACUACAAAGGCGCGCUUUCAAAAAAAGACUGCAAGUACUUCAAAAAAGGCCAAGGAAAAUGCCCAUUUGGUAACAAAUGCUUCUACCUGCACGCUACCGUAGAUGGGCAAGUAGUCGACGUGGGACCACCUGCACGCCAGAGGAGACGUAGGAACCAGGAUGCUAAUAUGGAGGUCCUGCAAGUCAUGCUAUGGGACUUCAUCGACGAGCGGGAUUACCCGUGGGUUGCAUUCGAGGCCGAUCUUGAAGAUCUAGUCUCCUUUUUCACUGAUUCAGAUGAGUCUGAUUGGUCAGAUUAUGAAGUAUUUUUCGAUUAGGCUUAUCGGGUAGUGUUUCAUGUCUUUCCAGUUCAAUUUCCAAAUUUUUUAAGAAUCCACUUUCACUACUUCCAGUUCUGAAGAACAUGAUGCUAAUUUGUAAAGAAUCCUAAGCAAUGUGUAUUUAUCUUCUGAUUUUAUUAGGCAAUGUAACAUUUUGCUUGGUGGAUAUGCAAGUUUUAUUAUUUUGAUUUUCGUUUUGCAAUUAGAAUGAUAUUUUUUUUCAGUGUGUUUGUUCUUCACUGAACUUUGUACUUGAGGAAUUUGCAUUUGGCUUGAUUACAGCUUAAAUGUAUAGUUUUUUUUUCCUAGAAAAAAAAUUGGCCUAAAAUGCAAGAACCUAUACAAGUGUCUAGAAUGUGUUAAAAAAAAAAUCUAUGAAUUUUUUCAAGUUGAAUAGGAGUUUGAACAUUUUGUUUAUUUUUUUUGUUUAUGUAAGAUAUAUUUUUGUUAUUAUUCCCUAGUGUUUAAUAAGUGGUAAGAAAAAUAAGUGUUUAUUUCGUUGGCAGUUAAGAGUUACUGUGAUGGAAAUAUUUAAUAUUAUACAUCAUAACGGGUUUUGGGUUAGCAUAAGACACAAACUACAUAGUUUGCGCUUGGUAUUGAAAAAUAUUAUUUAAAACAUUUAAUGGGAUUAAUGAGCAUAGGUUUUUUAUAUCAUUUUUAUUUUAUUUUUGUUCCAUUUCACAAAUUUACUCGCAUCAGAUUUAAAGGGAAAGGUGACCUAAUAUAGGGGAGCUACUCUUAGAACAAUGUAUAUUAAAAAGGCUGAAAAAAAAAAUGCAGAAAAAUGUUUGAGUACCUGGUGCCCAAAUACUGCCAUUUAAUCAAAUUAUUUGUAGUAAUUAUGUGUUAUCCACCAAGCAAAUAGUUAUUCAAGAACCAAAAACCGACUUAUUAUUUCUUUGUUGAUAUUUCAGCUGUACAUAAGUUAGUUUUGUACUCACAAUAUAUAUUAUAGGUUCCAUUUCCCAUGUUAGGUAGGUUUUAAAAUCUAAUGUAACAUUCAUAUAGGAAACCAAAAGAAUUUCAGCACUUAAGAUAACAGAACAACAUUGACAGUCAAGAAGUUGAAUUGAUUUUUUAAUAAAGUUUGAUUUCAAGUCUUGACUCUUGACUUACAUAUAUCUUAUUGGCUGUAAUUCUUGCAGUCACCUCUAUUGAACUUGCUGUCGAUUUUUGUUGAUAGAAAAGUUAUUUAGUCAAGAUUUUAUUCAAAAACUAUAAAUUAUUAUGAGAACCAAAAACAUCCACUCCAUAAAUAUGUGGGUGUGUUUAAUUUUUUAUUAACAUUUCUCUACUUGCCUGUGAAUUGUUAUAAAACCAUAAACCCUUGAAUGUUUACAUUUUAUAUCUAAGAGAAAAGAUUUGUAUUCAUGUAUAGUACUGAAUAUGUACCAAUUUCAUUUAUGGUGGUUAAAAAUGUAUUUUCUCACAAACUCCCAAAUAGAUUAAUUUAUGAGGUGCCUGAUUUAUCUUUGUGGAUUGGAUAAAGUGUCUUAAUUUAGAUUUAUGGACUGAAUAAAUCAAUAUGUAGUUGAAAUUUUAAAUCAUUUAACAUUUUCAAUUUAUAUAUUCAUUUAAAAAAAAAUGGAAAAUUGACGUUUGUUAUAUUGUUAUGUUUACCUUAAAAAAAAAAACAUCUAUUUGAUAAUUUUUGUCUAAAAAUAUUCUAUCGUCGAUUUUAGUUUUGUUUUUUCAAGUAGUUUGUAAGUUCUUUAAAGCCUAGUGCCCGUUCUGUAACCAUAUUCGUUAGUUGAUAUAGAAUUUUAUAUGUUCGAAACUCGCUUUAGUUAGCUCUGUGAUACUUUGCUCAUUUAUAAAAUGAACUAUUAUUAACUUUUCGAGCCAAUUCGUAAUUUUUAUGAAGAGCAAAUAAGAACAAAAUUAAAAAUGAUGCCGUUUCCAGGCAGUCAAUAGCUAAUAAUGUCAUAAUCGAAUAAUAUAUGAUGGUGAAGUCUGCAAUGGAAUAUUUCUAUUUUGAACGUCAAUAGACCUGAGCUACUUAUCACGGUCAGAAACUUAUCGUUAUCAAUUUUCGCGAUAAUUUCAGUAACUGUAUAAAGAGGAUGUUCAGGUCAUUUCACUAACUUGUUUUGAGAAGGCCUCUUGUGCUAAAACAUGUUACGGUAUCAUAUAAAUUUUGUUUAAUUUCAAAAUUUGUUUUCUAAAGGAUAGUUAGUUCAGUUGUAUUUAAAGCAUUGACAGUGCCCUCCCCAAGAUUUUCCCAAUUUUGGGAAUAUCUGAUAAAAAGUAUUUUGGGGCAAAAUUGUCAACAAACAUAAGUUCCUGUUCCAACGAUUUCUACAACUUCGCCAUCAUAUACAGUAGCUAGCUAGUAGACCGUCAGCUAGUGACAGAUUUAGCUGCCUCAUGGAAAGUACUUCGACUUUGAGUAGAAGGAAGGAAAAUUUACCAGUGGCUCCUGGGGAUAAAAAACUCGAUUUUUCUUAUGUUACUCGAUAAUGUAAUUCAUUCGCCCACUCAAGCUCAAAAUCUCGACUUUUCCUUACAAGAUUAAUUAGGCCAUUAUUUCAACCAUUUAGCCACCUACAAUACGCGUGUGUGGUUUUCUGGAGCCAAGUUCAUUUAAUUUAAAUCCAAUUUUUGAUGUUAUCCCUAGGAGCCCCAUUUCCCUUCAUUCUACUCAAAAUUGAUGUACUUUUCAACUCCUCUUCCAGGCUUUUAUGCGAAAAUGGGGCACCUAAAUUCCCGCCUAAAUGUGUCAGUAUCUGACGGUCUAUAUAAUGUAUAAACCCAUAUUAUACAUUCUUGUUACCAUAAACCUGUAAACUUUUCUCUAAAAUGUUUUAUUAGUCGUAGAGUAGAUUUUGUAUCGUUUUUUUUUUUAUGUGUUUCAUUUAAGUUAGUUAAAAGAUACCAGAUAUGGCGGAUUAAGCGUAUAUUAUGAUUUUGAGAUUGACCAUUUAUCAAUUUAUUUGCGACGAGGCCUCUGUUUUAAGUAGUGUUUUGAUUUAAUUAUCAUGUGUGCGUUUAGUCCGCCAUUAGGAAUAUUUUCGUUCAAUUAGUUUUUUUGUUGCUUCUGAAAAAGGGCUAACAGUUUAUUCUCUUUUAUCUCUUCUAACCCUCUGAUGCAAAGUUUUAUUUUUUUUAUAAUAAUACACACAAGUUUAUUGGAAUAUUCAAAUACUGUUUUAGUUAAUGAACUGAUGGAUUAAAUGAAAACUUUAAAACACACUUCAAAAUAUAUUUAAAUGUAGUCAUGGUCGAACAAGCAUUUUUGCUAAAUUGAUUGAGCCAACCAAUGAGAAAGUUCAACAAAGAGACAAAAGGGAAAGCUCAAUCAUAUCAUAUGUACAUGACGCCCUGUCUAGCUCUUGUAAUUCUAGUGGAGUCGCAAGAGCAUACAGUCCAGUGUCAAAAAAAAAUGCCUCGGAAUGAAAACUGCCUAAAUGGCCUAGCAUCAGAGGGUUGAGAAAACAAGGAAAUACAGUACAGUCUGGCUUAUCCCAACUUUUAUAUUAGAAUAAAUGUGUAUAAUAAUAAUAAACAAAGCUAUAACAUGUAGGUAUAUUAAGCAAAAAGCACAGGCUUUCUCCUGUGAUUUUCUUGUGUCAUUUUACAUUGGCAACCAAUCAUACUUUUACCUCAGCGGAAGUAAAUUUUAGCUGACAUAAAGUAAAUCUCGAAUCUAAUAGCAUUUCAAAAAACAUAUUUGUGGUUAAGUGAGAUCUGAUCCCUGCUUGUGCUGUUAGCUCUUAUUAUUUAAUUAGUUUUUAAAUACACUUGAUUUUUAGCCCAUAAUAAAUUUUUAAUGGCUGUAUUCCACUUAAGA